GAAGUCCCGCCCAAACGGCGGUUGCCCGGCAACGGCGACGCGUUGGCCAUGGAGGCGGCCGCGCUGCCCACCGCGCUGCAGCUGGCGGCCGGCGGGGACACGGGACUGAGCCUGGAGAAGCAGGCGGCGCUGGGGGCCUCGCUGCUGCUCCUGAAGCGCGACUACCGCUUCGAGAGGGUCUGGUUCUGGGGCUGCAUCCAGGGCGUGCGCGACACCUACUACAUCGCGCAGGGGCUGGGCCCCGACCUCGCAGCGCCUCGCAGCUGCCUCUACAGCUUGAACUGCGUUGAGUGGAGCCUCCUGCCGCCGGCGACCGAGGAGAUGGUGGAACGGGCUGAACGGCUCAAGGGCCACUUCCAGGGAGAUCCUUCUUUUGAGUACGAGUAUGGCGAGGUAAACAGAGAAGAUGACGAAAGAUCUCUGGACGAUGGUAAGGAGCUCACAAUCAAGGAGGAGAACCGCCUUGUAGCUACGAUAGAACAGAUAGACAGAGCAGUUGGUAUCAUCCCCCGACGUGCAUUUAUGAAGACUCCUCUUGGGUCUGUUAUUGAAAACAGAAACUUUGAAGGUCUUUCUUUGACAGAGGCAAAAAAAUUAAGUUCCUAUUUCCAUUUUACUGAGCCUGUUAACUUGAAGAAUAAAACCCUGCUGGAAAAGGCUGACCUGGACCCAUCCACUGACUUUAUGGACUCUCUGGAGCAUGACGUCCCACAAGGCUCCUGGACAGUCCAGCUCGAGAAGGGAUGCACUGUGGUGGUGUUGAGAAGUCUGCUGUGGCUUGGACUAACAUUCUACCAUGUCCCAAUGACUAAGCAAUAUGGCUACAUCUACUGUGGCACUGGCGAGAAGAACUUAGAUCUGCCUUUCAUGCUGUGAAACACUUCUCUGGGAUGAUCACUCAAGAAUAUUUAGAAUUUAUAUUUGGGAGAUUUUUGUUUAUAGCUUAUUCUACUAAAUGCAUAAAACCUCUGCACUUUGAGCUGGA